AUGAUUUCCAAAGAAGAAGCAAGCUGUUUAUUUUACUGCAAAUCUUACGAAGAAUUUAACGUCAAGACAUGUCUAGAAUAUAUUGAAGAAUCGCCAGACGUUGAACUGUGUUAUACGAACAACCCCGAAGAUCCUAUGCUUAUUUGUAGGUCUCGGAUUUAUGGCUCAAGAGUCUACAAACUUUACAAACUCAAACGAGAACUAGAAGACGAAGCAGCUAAGACCAAUGGAGCAGCUACGAGGGAUGAUAAAGAAGACUUGAUGUUUGAAGAGUCCGAUUCUAUACGGUCAAACUGGAACACAUUGGUCACUAGAUCGUUCACUCUGGAGGAGUUUUAUCAAAAUCUCUUGGAUUUCAAAGGAAAUCUGCCAUCUACAGGAAGAGUUUUAUGCGAACAGUACAUUGAUGCUGAAUGGAUGCCUUUAAAAGAAAAGUUUGUAGAAGCUUGGACAAAACAGUUCCAACAUUUUAAUAGCACUCCUUCUUCAAGAAUUGAAGGCAUGCAUGCUACAAUUAAACGAUACUUAAAAGUUAGUACCAGUGAUAUUGGUAUCGAUGUCAGCCGUAUCAAUAAUGCUAUUACCGCUCAAAUCAGCAGAAUACACUACGAAAACACUGUUUCUCAAGAUAGAUCUUUAGGUGCUAUUAGCAAAGAAUUUAAUUUUCUGUCCAUUGAUACUGUGAAGGCAAUUCAAGAGCAAUAUUUGGUUUCUGACCCACACAGAAAGGCUGCAAUGAGGGCUUUGUUUGAGAAUUUGCUCAAUAAUGAACUUCCGUUUGAGUUGAAUGAUCCAAUCGAGGCUAAAAGAAAAGGCAGAAAACGAAAUGCAGGAUUAGUUGCCCAAAACAGAAAUAUCUCAAGCAUACAGCGAAAUUCCUCUGCUUUUGAGUAUUCAAUGACUGAAAAAAACGUAUUCACAGUAUCAAAUGUGAUAACUGCAACGAUAUUGGCCACAAUCGACGACAUUGCUCAAGAGCAAUUCAAAGUUCUUCUUCUCCUAGCUCGAGAGAAGUACAAAGUGAGAAUAAAACUUCUGCUGAUUAUGCUUAUACUGAUUUGUGUCUAUAUAGUGAGGAAUACUAGCAAUAUCACCCUGCCUGCAAGAAAACAGCCUUAUCUAACCAGUAAAAAUGACUCAAAUAACGGAAGCAGCAGUAGCUUCCCACAGCCCGUUUCAGCUGGAACAAGUGAAGAAACCAAAUGUCAAAUUUGCUAUAAAGUCUUACUGGAAGUUAGCAAAUUUGAACAAAAUAUUGAAGAUAUGGUUGAGCUUGAACGCUUGAUGAAAGAACAGAUAUUUGCUCGGACGUACCGACAACUCAAGAAGCCCUCUGGUGCAGUCUCGUUCGAUUGACGACUCUUUCGGGCAAUCAGAUUUUGGAUG